GUGCUCUCGGACAGACAGCUUGCAUGGAAGGCCCUUCUUUCGGCAGAAAUCAAACCACAGCGCGUCAAAGUGCUUUAAUGACCCAACAUAUAAAUACAGAUGCUCACCCUCCUCUCAAAACAAGUUACUCAACUUCAUGCACAAAUCCUCGCUCAAUUUCAUGAAGGGACUCCUUCUCUCCAUCAUUUUUCUCUCGGUCCUUUCAGCCACUAUUGCCCAGCCGCCUGAGGACGAGUGUCCAUCCAGCUGGCACCUCGUUGAGACCCCACCUGGUCCAGGCCAGUGGGAGUGGGUAUGUAGAUUGGAGACCAGAGAAUCCUUGUCAUCCGGGAGACAGGUCUAAAAGCUAACUUGCUCAGACUUCAACUUUGGAAAUCGCGUUUGGAAAGUUGAGGGAAAAUGGCAUGUAGACAUAACAAAGCGCACUUCUGAUACACGGAAUUUUAGCGACCAGAAUCCAUAGUUAUCUAGUAGUCCCAAGAUCAGAGCCCUUGUAACCAAGUUAUAACAAUUUUGCAGUGACC